CACAGGCUUGAGCCACGGUGUGUUGGGAACACUACCCUAGAUGGUACCCUUUCCAGCUAAGGAGAUGCUACCUGCUAAGGAGCUGGCUUGUCGAAGGCUGACUGCUCACAGGGUGGGGCAAGAGUGGGGACCAGGGCUCAGAACUGCUCAGGAGAAGCACACAGGCCCACAGAGGGCAACCCCUGCCUGGCAGCAUCCUUCAAAAAAUUCUUUAAUUUUUGCAAGAAUUUCUCCCAGGUUUUUAACUUGAAAUUUUAAAAACGUACAGAAAAUGAAUGCCCAUGUAACCUUCACCGAGAUACACCAAUCUGUAAUAUUUAGCCAUGUUUGCGUGUACCCUCUUCCCUCUGAACUGUUUGAAAGUAGACUGGCUGCAUCCUUUUUAGCCCGAACCCCAGAGGCUCAGAUUUCCAAGGGCACUGAACAGGUUUUCAGCACCAGGAAGGAGCACCUGAGACGCCCCCACUUCCGCUCAGAAUCUGCAUCAGGGUGGAGUGACCCCGGCCUGCUCCUUCUUGCCUUAGGUUCAAGGAGGCUUUUGGUAAAUAGUGGCCCCACGUGUGUUGACUUGCAACCCUCACCCUGCCCUUCCUGGACCAGAAGUAUCCAAAGGUUACCCACCCACACACUCGGCAGCUGGUGACAGUGCCCUUCUGUGCUUACACCACGGUGCAGGCUCCCUUCACCCACCACAGACCCGGGCCAGGGGUGCUGGAGUGUGGGCAUACGCUGUGGGGUCAAGAGCCUCAUCCCCCUACCAGGCGACUGUGCUUGGGAAGGGAUGACUUGAGGUCACGUGCAAAGACAUCCCCUUGGAACGAAAAGGCCAUCAGUGGCAGCAGGAAACCCUGCUUUAGACCUCAGUUCCUGGGAACUGGAGGAGGUGGGUGCUGCCCUGCCCCCGGGUCAUGGAGAGGAGGCGACUGUGUGACCUGGGUCAGUUCAUCCCGCCUGGACCACAGCCAGCUCCUCCCCAGCACAAGGUCAAGCAUCUCAGGUCACCCUGGAGAGAGAGCCCUGACCCGGGAGGGAUCCCCACCGCCAGCCAAGGAAAGGAGUUGAAAUUAGAUCAACCUACCGCUCGUCUUGGCACCUUUUAUGACUGGUUUAAGAGAAGCCUCCCUGCCGCCAAACACACCCACACGGGAGGUCCAGAGCUACACGGAGCACUACUGCAACAACUCCACCGACCGGCGCGUCCUGCUCAUGUUCCUGGACAUCUGCACGGAGCUGAGCAAGCUGUGCCAGCGCUUCGAAGCCCUGCACUCCGGCACCCCCGUCACCAACAACCUCCUCGAGAAAUGCAAAACCCUCGUUAGCCAAAGCAACGACUUAAGCAGCCUUCGAGCAAAAUACCCUCACGAUGUGGUGAACCACCUCAGCUGUGACGAGGCCAGGAACCACUACGGAGGCGUGGUCAGCCUCAUCCCCAUCGUCCUAGACUUGAUGAAAGAAUGGGUUGCCCACUCGGAGAAGCUGCCCCGCAAGGAGCUGCAGCACGUGAGUGAGCCCCAGGCCCGCCAGGAGGCCACCAGGGCGGCCGCACGGGCUUUCCAGACUGUAGGCGCCCAGCCUGGCUUAAGGAAACACAGCUAUAGGCAACUGACAAAAGACAGCCUCAGACCUAGGGGGACAGACAAAGGAUGUGCAAAACCUCCCUGGAGACCACCUGGUGGGAAACUGUAAGGCCUCAACCCCAGUCCCACCCCUUCCCUCCCCUUCCCAUAGGGUGCUUUGUUACUAAACUUGGUUUCCACUAGGUGAUCCAUUUUCAUCGUCGCCCACAGUCCCUGCCACUUAUUAACCCCAAAGGGGACUGCCCAAUACACGACUGAGAACCUUUCUCCUUCUCUCGCUUUAACUUCUUUCCCUUGCCUCUGAGUGUCAGGCUCUGUGCCGAUGAAGGGGACCCUCAGAGUGUGUGUGGGUAGAGGGUGUCGCAGGGAGGCUGGGAAAGAGCUGACUGUCCCACCCAGGUCCAGCUUUCCAGGCUGAGCCAUCCGGCCGGAGGAGGCCGCACAGCUCCCUUCCCGCCACAGCGGCGGCAGUGGCCGUAGGCGAGGCCUGGCCCUCUGCACGGCAGGGCUGCUCCCGCCUCGCAGGACGCUGCCUCGGAGUGUUUAGGUCCCUGGACCAAAGCCCAAACGGGAAUGAACCUGCCUUUCCUCUCCUUUACUUGAGAGAGAAACUCUGAGAGAAGCUGGAAGAAUUGAUUUUGUGCAUCCUGUACAAGAAUAAUUACCUGGUUUUCACAACAUAACUGAGGCCCAGACAUUGGAAAAAAUGUAUCACCAGCUCCUGAGCUUGCCAGAGGUGCUGUCUGACUGUUGGUUUUUCCCUUCACAGGGGGCGACUUAGCUUCUGUAUUCUUGCUUCCUCGGGAGCAACAGUCAAGAA